AUGUGGAAAGCCAAGAGCAUCGAGAAAAAUCGCAAAGAAUUGCUCGAAAAAGUAUGGCGAGCCGACAAUGCGGAUGCAACUCAUUGGAUCCGACGGUCAGAUCCCUAUGUCCAACACUUCAACAACCUGCUCCUCCACAGCCGGACAGUUUCAGCUCUUGAAGAAUCCAGGGCGCUCACCGAAGUCAUUCGCUUGGUUGACUUGAUCAGACAAGCAGCCGAUCAGACAUCUUCACUCCGGUAUAUCACUGAACAGAUUGCGGCAUCGAAACCAGCGUGGGUGAGCGACAGUCGGGAUGAGGAGGCAAUUGAGGCCGCACUGUGUUUGGCCGUGGGAUUGUGGCUUUUCGUUACGCCGUGCAUGACGAGUUUGGAUGUACCGCUGAACCAGGCCAUCAAAGAACGCCUUCGCCAGGAACUGCUACCGUGUUCUCCUUCAGCCUUCUCGCCGGCUUCAACGUUGCUUACUCCCGACUUCUCUGCGGACUCCUUGACCAGAGCGGGAGGGAUUCGCCUGAUGUGGACGAGCAAUCUAUCCGAACACCUGAUGCUGAAGGGUGAUGAGUAUCUCUACAUCUUUUGCCACGCACGAGUGCUCGCGCAAUAUCAGCGAACCGAUGAGAGAAGAAUGUACCCCGAUGGCUUCCUCGAAGAAGUCCUCAAUACACUGUAUCUCCUUUUCCCUACUGGCAAGGUCAAGCAUGCCAGGAGGGUCCGCAAAAUCGGCAAGAAACACAAGGUAGACAUCGAGGCAAUUCGCAUCGAUAAACAGAUGGCCGGUAUCUCAAGAUAUCAGUGCAGCAGCUAUCUGUAUUUUGGAGAGCGUUUGGCUGCAAUCCAGGCCAAGUAUGACGGAGCAAGACCUCGCCAUCUUAAGCAAUGGUGGUUUGAUCGCCGCAAUCGUAGGGAAUGGGCCGCGUUAUGGAUUGCCGUCGGCGCCUUCAUUCUUGCUGUGGUGUUUGGUGUCAUCUCAUCAGUCACAGGGAUUAUGCAGGUAUAUGCGUCGUUUUAUUUCAGAUGA